UUUUUCAAAGUUUAUCUGAUUUUAUUUUCUAAAAAUUUGAGGGGCACGUUAUUCCUUGUUUUGAAUUUCAUUAUAAUGAUUGCGAUUCCUCUUAUUUUCCGCAGUUUUUUUCGAAGUGGAAUGACAGGCAAAAAGGGACGAGGAGGUAUGCCUGGACCGAUGGGAAAUCUUUUUGGCUUCUCUCAAUCAACUGCCAGAGUUAUUAACAAAGAAGAUAUAAAAACAACUUUUAAAGACGUGGCUGGUUGCGAAGAAGCAAAAAUUGAAAUUAUGGAAUUUGAAAAUUUUUUGAAGAAUCCUCAGCAAUAUCGAGCGCUUGGUGCAAAAAUUCCAAAGGUUAAAUUUUUAGAUAAUUUUUAUUAG